GCGCGACGCUCGAGCCAUCGCGGCCUGCGGCGCGAGCGGGUCCGGGAGCCUGCGGUGGGAGGAGAGAGGAGGGAGCGAGUGAGGCGCGACUGGAAGGGAAGGGAGAGGAACGGAGCGGGGCUGCGGGACUAUGGAGAUCGGCACCGAGAUCAGCCGCAAGAUCCGGGGUGCUAUUAAAGGGAAGUUGCAGGAGCUGGGGGCUUAUGUUGAUGAAGAGCUCCCUGAUUAUAUUAUGGUUAUGGUUGCCAAUAAGAAGAGUCAGGAGCAGAUGACAGAAGAUCUUUCCCUUUUCCUCGGAAACAAUACUGUCAGGUUUACUGUCUGGCUUCAUGGGGUUUUGGAUAAGCUGCGAUCUGUGACUACUGAACCAACUGGUGUAAAAUCUUCAGAAUCUAAUGUCUUUGAGAGCAGCCUUCCUUCCAGCAAAAGCAAUUCCUGUGUGACUGAUGAGAGGAGGCGUGAGGAUAUCUUGCCACCUCUUGCAGUUUCCAGCACUCGGACUGAAAGAAAUGACUCCAGAGUUUCAACCAGCUCCCAGGAACAAAGGAACACUGCUUCACGGCAGUCCUGUGAAGAUGGUUCUGCAUCUCGCUUAACAUCCACAGUCAAGCCUUUGAGGGAGCUGUCACCUUCUGAAGCUGUGAUUGACAUAAAACCUGAACCAGAUGACCUCAUUGAUGAGGACCUAAACUUCGUGCAGGAGAAUCCUUUGUCACGCAAGAAACCUAUUGUAACUGUAACUUAUGGUUCUUCUCGCCCUUCUGCUGAAAUCUACCGACCACCAGCUAGCAGGAGUGCAGAUGGCAAUACACAUCUGCACAGAUUGUCACAGCAGGGCAGCUCGCAGGGAGGCCGGCAGUUAGGCACGCAGAACUGCAGGGCUUUGGAAACAGGCCAGCUGUCCAAACCAGAAGCACAUGGCAGCUUAGGAGGGAGUUACAGACCCACCUCCAAACUUAGUGCUGAUAAAGUAGGCAGUGAGGAAGAGGGCUCCAGGAAGAGACGGUUGCCUAUUGCAAGCUCAGUAGUCAGAGUUAAAAAGUUCUGUGAUGAGGAGGAAGAUGAUGAUGAUGACGACUAUGGAUUGCGAACAGGAAGCAUCUCCAGCAGUGUGUCUGUACCUGCAAAGCCAGAAAGAAGACCUUCAUUACCACCUUCAAAACAGGCCAAUAAGAAUUUAAUAUUGAAAGCAAUCUCUGAAGCACAGGAAUCGGUUACAAAAACAACCAAUUAUUCCACUGUUCCACAGAAACAGACUGUUCCAGUUGCACCAAGAGCUCGAAUUAGCCCAGAAGAAACUCACUUGGAAUUAAUCCAUUUGCAAAACAGGCUGCCUGCUCUGAGUUCUCAGCUUCCAAUGGAAGAGCCCAAGGAACAGACAGGGGAAGGAAUUCAAGGAGCUGAGCAAAAGGAGCUGUCUUCUCGGCUCCAGGUUGACCCUGUGACUGAAGAUACCUUGCAAGUGACUCCAGAUUACUAUGAUGCAGAAUCUAUGGUCCAUGCAGAUACCAGGUCUUUCAUCCUGAAGAAGCCCAAGUUAUCUGAGGAAGUAUUGCCCCAGAAUCAGCAGCUGGGCAAGAGAGCUGCAGACGCAGUCCGAGUGCUCUCGGGACGCCUGAUACAGACACGAGACCAGCUUGCACUGCCAGAGAAACCUGCUAGUCCCAAAUUCAUCGUCACACUGGAUGGUGUGCCCAGCCCACCAGGAUACCUUUCUGAUCAAGAAGAGGAAGAUAUGUGUUUAACUGAAGGAUUAAAGCCAGUGUGUGCUGGCAAAGGAUUAAAAGGCUUUCGAGCACAGCAGAUGCAACUUGUAGCCAGACAGCUAGAGGACUGUGAUGUGGAUAUGGAAGAGUUAAAUGUGCUGCAGAAGCAGGAGAAGGUGCUUGAGCGCUGCAAAUACUGGCCUGCCUGUAAAAAUGGAGAUGAAUGUGUGUACCACCACCCCACAUUACCUUGCAAAGUUUUUCCUAACUGCAGAUUUGCUGAUAAAUGCUUGUUCAUCCAUCCAAACUGUAAAUAUGAUGCAAAGUGCACUAAGCCAGACUGUCCUUACACUCAUGCCAGUCGACGAACCCCCCAUCUAUCUUCUAAGCCAGCACUACUACUCCCACCAUCUAUAUCAUCCAGCAGUCCACUGUGCAAAUUUUUUCCUGCUUGUAAGAAAAUGGAAUGUCCAUUUUACCACCCAAAACACUGUAGGUUUAAUACCCAGUGUACGAGACCAGACUGCACUUUCUACCACCCAACUAUUGCAGUACCUCCACGCCACGCCUUGAAAUGGACUCGAACUCAAACCAGUGAAUGAUUCUGGUACAGCUUGGGGCUGAACUUUGCCUCCUUUGGACAGUAGGGGAAAGGAAGAUUAACCACCAGGAUGUUAGAAAAAGUCAUGUAUUUUGAACUUUUAAUAUACAUUGUUUUCAUAAAAUAAGGUUGACUGCAUAUUUGAAAUGUGUUGAAUUUUCCAAGUUUGUAAGUUUGAGCAAUUUUACAUUUUUUUUACACUGUAAGAAGAAAAAUGUAUGUGUAAGAAAACUUCCUUUAAAUUCCAUUAAAAACUUUCCAGGCA